CCAACUCUCUUUCCCUUGUUCAACCUUUCCAUCCUUCUGCUACCUUGCCUCUUUUUCUCCCUUCUCACUUCCUAAUACUUACCUCACACUACCCUCCACCAAACGUUCCAAAGGAUCUCGUUCUUUGUCGCCUUCCCUUAUAUAAACCGCCCCAAUUCCCCCCAAGCAUUCCCACCCACCACCCCGGACGACCCACCCCCAGGGGGCAAAAGAUAGAAACGCCAGUCAAGUUAUCACAUUCCGAUCUCCGGUUAAAAGGAAAGGCUCUGGGCGUCGAUUCUGUGCGGACCGGACCGGCGCACAGAGAAGUACUCUCUGCGACAUACACCCUACGCGGAAGCGUCAGGAUCUAGAGGAAUUGGGAACCUACAGCGGGAAGAGCGGUGAAUCAAGGAAGAAAAGAACGGAACUGAAGUGCAUUGGGCUUAGUGAAAGGGGCGUGGACAGCUUGGAGACCCGGAGACAACACGGAGGAACACAGAAAGGGAAUUCCGUUUGGCUAGGAUGCCGUCGAAGCUAAGCACGCCGGUCCUGACGGUGGACCCGGCGAAGAUACACGAGGUUGAUACGAGGAGUGCAGAGUCUCUUCAUGGAAUGUGGAUGGUGUUCUCCCGGUGCGCAGACUAUAUGGAAGAAGGCAGACGGCUAGAAAACCUGAGCUGGAGAUUGUGGAACCUAGAGACAUUUUGCACAUCUCCGCCGACAAGGUUUCAGAAGCGCAGGAUAGACAGAUUGCGCCGCGAAUCCAAGGAUAUCCCUGAACUAUCGACAAGCGUGGACUCGGCCGCCUCCGAUGAAGCUGAGCGGAUUGAAAGCCAAAUCAAGUCGCCACCCAAGGACAUGGACAUCAAACCCAGGAUCCUUGGAGUGGACCCGAUGCUGAGCAUGAGCCGCGGCAGAGAGCGACACAUCACCUCAAUAGGCUUGGAAAAGAUGGUAUACAAGAUCAAGGAGAAAAAGUCCCUGGAGCCCAUCGCUGCUUUACCCACAUCUUCGCCACAGGAACAACAAUCCCAGCAACAAUCGUUGGACAUCACGCCACGCGCCGCGUCCCCUACCCCAACCCCCAAAGUACGGAACGCUUGGGAAUCAGUCAAACCCCAUCAUUCUACGGAUUCUUGCUCGACAGUCGCGCUCGAAGCAAACGAUAGUGAAGCCAGCCGGACUCCAGCCUCAGAUACAAGCGUCUCAUCAGCAGGUAUCGUCAACUCUUCGAGCGUCGUCCGAGGAUUCUCCCCAUCCCAUAUCUCUUCAUCUUAUCGAUCCAAGACUCAGCUUAAUACUGGACUCGUUGCUCCUAAGCCGAUGACCGCGAUUAAACCUUCUCCUUUGAAGAAGAAGGGCAUGUUCACGCUCGGCGGUUCAUCUGGUGACGACGAGAGCUCAUUCGAAGACCGAAUGGCGAUCAAACCUCAGAGAAGCUCACUGACCGAUGGUUUGCACAAAUCCACACUUUCCCAGCAGAUGCAAACCGAUCUUAAGGCCGCGCCUCCUUCAGACGCAGCGAAAUCCACCAAGGAGAGCACAGAUGACGAAGCAGCCAUUGAAACCGAUGAUGAAGACAUCCCUGAGAGCGCAAUCGACGAUGAUUCUGACUGGGAGGAUUCUGUCACCGAAAGCGGCCGAUCAAGCCUUGACGAAAAGGAGCUCUUCCAGCGAGUCGAUUCUCGACCAAAUCUAGUCUCACGUCCCUCGUUGCUAACGAUGAUGAUGCACCAACCCCAACAGACUUUAGUGUCGGGAAAAGGUCGAAACCAUAACUCGCGAUCUACCCCUGCCCUUCAGCGAUCUCGGUUGGCUUCACCACACCACCAAUCCUCGGAUGAAGAUGACGACGAGAACACCCUGACCAUGAGAGGACCCGAAGUCCCUCGCUCCAAGCCAAUUGUCGUCAAAUCUGUACCGAUGCACUCGAUAGCCCAUUCGCCACGCACUACGCGACGAAACAUGCUUGCUACGGAACUCACAGAGUCAUUAAGGCGACACCUACUUUGGGAACGCCAGCAAAAGACGGCGCCAGCCGCUGCUGCCUUCAAACGGCGGCACACAGCUCACGAUAUGGCUAAUCUACAAGAGUAUCCUGGUCCGAAACCUUCGACGGAGGAACAGCAACAACCACAGCGACAGCCUCCUCAAGCGGUACACUCAUCGGUCCAGCAGGUGAAGGAUAAGGAAACCUCGAAGAACAAUUCGUGGAAUCACUACUUCGACUACGGCCCUUGGGAAUACCAUGUCAAAGGCUGGUAGAGUGGUCCGUGUUUUGAUUUUCGAGCUGUGCCUUCUGCCUUUUCCACAUUCUCAGUGAUACCCCGCCGGUUGCCAUCGACCGUGUACAGAUAAUCUUACGAGUUCUUCUUUUUCCUCCUCGAUACCCUUAGUCGCCUGAUUCCUAUCUCUAUGACACCAACAAUUGCGAUCAUCCUGCAUCCGAAUGCCUUAUUUUCUGUGUUCACCGUCCAAUGUUUAUUCUAAUUUUACGACCUGUUGUGUGUUUAUUAUUGCAUGGCCGGGAGCGAGAUUUUUUCGUUCAUGUGACAUUCUUACAAAAGAUUUUACCUUCAAGAGGAGUUCACCCCAAAAUUGAAAAAAAAAAAAAAGGAAAAAAGAAAAAAAAGAAAAAAAGAAAAAGAAAAGAAAAGAAAAGGGCAAAUGAACCCUCUCAUUCCACUGGACCUGCAGUUGAACACCCAGCUUAAUUUCUUUUUUUCUUUUUUUUAAUCCACAUCUACAAUGCUUCUUGUACAAGCUUUAAUUUAAUUUCUUUUUUUGAAUGUAGAUAUAUUCCAAGGGUGGGGUUUCUAUUACUAUCUCAUGGUGUUUGUUUCUUUUUCUUUAGCCAACGGCCUGCGGGAUUCAUGGACACGGGAUCAGAUACAUAUGGACGGGAUUGUACAGAUCUGAAGAGGCACGCGCCUGAAUCGAUAUAUAUAUAUAUUUU